AUGUACGUGUACACAGGUGGAUGCACGUACGUGUACACAGGUAGAUACACGUACCCGUACACAGGUAGAUACACGUACCCGUACACAGGUAGAUACACGUACCCGUACCCAGGUAGAUACACGUACACCACGUACCCGUACACAGGUAGAUACACGUACCCGUACACAGGUAGAUACACGUACCCGUACCCAGGUAGAUACACGUACCCGUACACAGGUAGAUACACGUACCCGUACACAGGUACGUACACGUACCCGUACCCAGGUAGAUACAUGUACCCGUACACAGGUAGAUACACGUACCCGUACACAGGUAGAUACACGUACCCGUACACAGGUAGAUACACGUACCCGUACACAGGUAGAUACACGUACCGUACACAGGUAGAUACACGUACCCGUACACAGGUAGAUACGUACACAGGUAGAUUACACAGUUACACAGGUAGAUACACGUACCCGUACACAGGUAGAUACACAUACCCGUACACAGAGCCAAACUUAUAG